AGUCUGGCUCCAGGAACAGCUCCUCCUUCUCCACCACUGCCGCCGCCUUAGUUGCCUCUUCCCGUGAGCGCGCUGCUAAGUUUUUCUUCUGAGAACACCACAUUUUGAUAGAAACCAUGGCGUGGCUCAUUACAGUCUUCUUGUUUUUCACGGCAGCUGCAGCACUACGUACACUCAAGGACAAUGAAAAGCAAGUGCCUGGAGAGGUAAUGUACACCAAUGAAGCAAAGCAGGCAAAUCCCGAGUCCAUCCUCUUGUAUGACAAGGAAGCGAAGCAGGCAAAUCCCGAGUCCAUCCUCUUGUAUGACAAGGAAGCGAAGCAGGCAAAUCCCGAGUCCAUCCUCUUGUAUGACAAGGAAGCGAAGCCGGCAAAUCCCGAGUCCAUCCUCUUGUAUCACAAGGAAGCGAAGCAGGCAAAUCCCGAGUCCAUCCUCUUGUAUCACGAGGAAGCGAAGCAGGCAAAUCCCGAGUCCAUCCUCUUGUAUAACGAGGAAGCGAAGCAGGGAAAUCCCGAGUCCAUCCUCUUGUAUAACGAGGAAGUGAAGCAGGCAAAUCCCGAGUCCAUCCUCUUGUAUAACAAGGAAGCGAAGCAAGCAAAUCCCCAAUCCUUCCUCGAAAGUGACGUUUGACUAAGAAGAUCCUUUAUGCUAGGAGACAAAGAUCUCUUACUAUACAGCGUUGAUAUUUUGCAAAGCUGUAAUGUAUUAAGAUAAUAAAAUACAAUAAAAAAAAUAAAACCCUUUCAAA